CUCAGACAGCUAACAGGACCAAGCAAGACAAAAAAAACAAAAACACACGGGCAGCAAAAGCUGGAGAAGACGUGUUCAGACUCUGGGGUGAGGACGGAUUGAUGUGACUUUGUGGCGUCAUCUAAGAAAAUGGAUUACUUUGAGCAGGAGGAAAUAAACGAGGAACUUAUUGAGUUUACCAUUCGAGAGAGCAUUCAGGAUGCCUGCAGGCAGCAGGGGUUGGUACAAACAAACAGGAAAGAAGUAAACAGUGAGGACUUCCUGAAGAUAAUGGCAGCCAUUCAAAAGGGUGACGUGUAUGCGCUGCAGGGGCUGUCGGGCUGCCUGCCAGCCUUCAGAGAGAGGGACGGCAGGGGCUGGUUGGCUCUGCACGCAGCAGCCGUGCAGCCGCUGCAGGAUGUCCUGCGUGUGGUGCUGCAGGCGAUGACGUCCGCAGACCUGACCCUGGAGGAGCCGACGGAGGACGGGGACACGGCUCUGACCCUGGCAGCGGAGGCCGGCCUGAUGGCAAACGUCAAGAUGCUGCUGUUGCAAGGAGCCUCGCCGCACAGCACCAACGGCAGGAACGAGUCUCCUCUGCUGAUCGCGGUGAGGCAGCGGUCAUACGACAUGGUGGCGUCCCUCAUCAUGGGCGGGGCCUUUGUGGAGCAGGUGUGUCAGUCCAAGCGGACGGCGACCCACGAAGCUGCAAAGGUGGGUUGUCCAGAUAUUCUGAUGCUGCUCCUUCGACACGGAGCCAAAGUAACUGCCAGAGACAUUUAUGGGGUGACUCCUCUGGGGAUCGCAGCUGAAUUCAGCAACCCUCAAGCUUUGGACAUACUCAUAAUGCAUGGUAAAACACUCACACAAAGUGUGAUCCUUCACAUCAUGUCACCUUCGAUCAGACCCUUCUUGUAUUCUCCCUGUGCUCCACUAGGUGGUGACGUGAAUGCCCAGGCCAACAACGGAGACACAGUCCUGUAUGAUGCAGCUGGAUCUGGAAACCUGGACAGUAUCGAGCUGCUCCUGCAUAACAGAGCCAACCCAAACUUACCCAGCCACGGCUUCGAGCUGCCCAUCCACAGAGCUGCGUACGAGGGGCACAUACUAGCCCUGAGGACUCUCAUCCCCAUCACCACAAAGAAGGCUAUCCGGCUCUCAGGCCAGGACCCCAUCCACUCAGCAGCAGACGGGGGACAGGUCGAGUGUCUCCGGCUGCUCAUCCAGAGAGGAUUUGAUGUCAAUGUCUUGCUCAGCACACACAUCUCUGAGAACUACGGCGACCUCAGGAGGACUCCUCUGUUCUUCGCUAUUUCCAACGGGGAUGCCACCUGCGCCAAGAUGCUGCUAGAGGCUGGAGCAAGAACCGAGCUGGACCCACUGCGAUGCAUCCUAGUCGCUAUACGUGCUGAGAGGUACGACCUGGUGCAGCUGCUGCUGUCCUACGGAGCAGAGGUGAAUUGUUACUUCAAUGUGAUCAGCAACACGCUGUUCCCCACAGCACUGCAGUACUGCCUGCGGGACCGUGUCAUGCAGAGACUGCUGUUCAACAGCGGAUAUCAUGCUCAGAAGUGUUUCCAGUGUUGUCAUGAUAAGGGUGAAAUAAUGGACAGUACCUGGACGAACCUCCAUAACCUAGCCUACCAGGUUUACAGCAAAACUAAAGUCAUCACAUUCUGUGAGUUUGUAUCUGUAUCAUGGCUGGAACAUCUGGUUGGCGGCCUUGUGAGGAUGCUCCUGGACUACGUCAGCUAUGUCAGCAUCUGUCCCAACCUGGAGCGCAUCUUGAAGAAGACGCCCGAGUGGGAGGAGAUCUCUGACAUCAUGAGCAAGCCACGGUCUCUACAGCACUUCUGUCGACUGGUAAUCAGAGGUCACAUGAACCGCAGGACGCUGAAUGACCCCGAAGCCAUGGCUGCUGUCCCUUUUCCUCUGAGACUGAAGAACUAUGUGACCUACGGAGACUACGACCUGUACGAUGACCUCUCCUCGAAGUGAAACACAUUUAGUUUAUUAGAUUUAAAUACUAAUGAAAAAGCACUGGUCACUCUUUAAAAACAAGCUAGAUGAGAAUAUAUUGUCUCUCAAAGUCCUUCUAUAUUUCAUUUAAGUUUCAUAUAUAGUGUGUGAAUGUGAUUACUGUUUCUUAGUACAAUAUUCUAGACUGCAUUGCAAAACAUGAUAAGAACUGCAAAAUGCAUGUAAAGCACAUGAAAUAUCACAAUUUUUAAAAAUGUCCUGUACGCCCACACAAGUGUUUUCACUUUGCCCUAAUUAGACAUCUGCCCAAGAAGAAGUCGAGGAGGGAUUUAUACAAGGCCUUCAAACUAAAGCAACCAAUCAGAAUGAUUAAAGUGGAAGAUGUCCCGGCUUAACAGGUGCAACAGAGUGUGAGAGAUCAAGCGCGAGGUAUACCAGCCCACACAGCCCUCAGAAAAGGGGAAGGUAAUAGGGAAGGUUAAGUGAAAACACCUGUGUGGGUGGACAACAUUAUUCUCGCUUUGUGUUGUCUGUAGGUGUUCACUUUGCGAACAGUUGAAAAUUGUUAAUAUAUAUCUUUAAAAAUGAAAAAAAAAACAAAACAAAAACUGUACUAUUGAAGCUAACUUAACGAUGCCAAACCUAAAAUGCAACAGCUAUUUUUUUCCUUCACAAAGUCAAUAAAUGCUCCGACCUGA